CGCCACAGUGAGUUUAAUGUGUUACCUUUCUGUGUUCUGGGGAUUCCUCCUCCGGGUGGAAAGAGCGGGCGCCACCUAAGCAGGGCUUAAAUACCACAACCAGGAAGCGGAGGAGGCCAACUGCGCGUGCCUGGAGGGGGAAUCUGCCGCUUAUGAUUUCAUUAUAAGGCUUAUGUUGGGGAUUUGCUUAAUGGGAGUUACUUAAGUUGUUACGUUGUUUAUUGUGUAAAUUCCUAAGACUUACUGCGCGGUCCCUCACAAUUGGUGUCAGAAGUGGGAUACAAGCCAGUAAUGGAACCAGGUUUUUGCACAAUCAUUUUUUUGCUAUUUGGAUACCUUUUGUGGGAAACCUCGUUACCUGGAAUUAUGCGUGGAGCCAGAGGAGGUAAGGGAGUCAAAGCAGGCCACAGUCAAGAAGAUAUGCAUAAAGAUGAAUUUGGAGAUAAUGAUAGUGAGGAGGAAGGAGGAAGAGAACCUACCAUUUAAGAUCUGGCGGCCAUUCUUCAGGCCCACAUUGGCCAACAAAAGGCACGAGAGGUUCAGUGGGACAAGGAAGUGGUGCGCCAAGACCAGCGGUUUCGAGCGUUGCAGCAUCAGUUCAGUCUGUUUCAGCUGGAGGUGCAAUCUCGACCCGAAUCGAGGUUAGAACAUACUUUAACCCCAGAUCUCCAAGCAGGAGGUAGCCUGGAGGGUGCUUCUGGACAGGUUGCUUUACCGGUGGCCCCACCACCACAGGAGGAGAGUGGUCAAGGUAUGGCACGUUUCAUGAGAGAGCCUAAACUACAAAAAUUAACGGAACUGGAUGACAUUGAACAUUUUCUUAUUACCUUUGAGAGAAUGGCAGCUGCUUGUAGGUGGCCACGAUUAGAGUGGGCUGUCCAGCUGAUUCCUCUACUAACGGGUAAGGCGAGAAGUGCUUAUGUUCACAUGGAUGUUGAUGAUGCUCUGGACUAUGAUAAGGUGAAGUCAGCUAUUCUGAAGAAAUAUGACAUCAAUCCAGAGACAGCGAUUUAGAUCUCUGCAUGUGGAGAAUGAGGAAACACCCAGAGAAUUGUGUGAGGAAACACCCAGAGAAUUGUAUGUAAGACUCAAAGAGCUUUAUGGGAAGUGGGUGCAACCAAAAGAUAAGACAACUGAGGAAAUAAGUGAGAUUAUGAUUCUGGAGCAGUAUUUAAGGAUGUUGUCUCCUGAGCUCCAGGUUUGGAUUAAGGAACAUGAUCCCAGGACGGCAUCUAAGGCUGCAUCACUCGCAGACAUGUUUGUUGCGGCCCGCCCUAAGAACCGGUCCUGGGCCUACAAGUCCUGGAAGACAGCAAAGGACGAUCAGAGACCAGGUUUGGAGCAUCAGGACAUGCUAUUGGCUGGGGGUAAGCCUCCUGUGAAGGAGAACCAAACUUUAAAAGGUUUGUCCAGAGGCUCUAAGGGGCCUGUGUGCUAUUUAUGUGGGCAAGAGGGCCAUAUAAAACCCAGAUGCCCACAGAAUAUUGUAAACAUGACCCAAAUUUGCUGUGUGCCGAGGAAGGAGGUGGUGGAAGAACAAAGAUCUCAAUAUCCACUGAAGACAAUUACUGUUGAAAUUGAUGGUCGGGCUCUACAGGCGCUUAUUGAUACGGGAAGCACACAGACGUUGGUACGUAGGCAAUAUGUUCCCCCUCACGCCAUCUCUACCGAUGACACUAUCCCUGUUUGCUGUGUCCAUGGAGAUGAGAGGACUUAUCCAAUUGCGGAGGUCUAUAUUAAAGUGGAUGGACAAAUGUAUUUGUUGAAGGUGGGCAUUACAGAUAACUUGCCAUUUCCUGUAGUACUAGGCCAUGACUUGCCAACUCUUGUGGAUUUGAUCAAUCCUGUUAGAGUCUGUAAUGCGGUGAUGACACGGGCCCAAGCGAAGGAGCGAAUGGACUCUCCCGGUAAAGCGUUACAGGAGCUGCCAUUUUAUGAUGCUCAAAUCGAGGCUGGAGUAGUGAAGGCCCACACGUCUCGUAGACAGAGACGGCAGGAAAGGUUCAGGCAUACAGUGGUAGCGCCGACUGGAGCGAUUCCUGAACUGCCCAGGGGGUUUGAGCUCCCAGAAAAUAUCUGUGAGUUGCAGCAGCAGGAUGCAAGUCUGGCUGGGUGUCUGCGGAAGGCUAGCAAGUGUGCGGAGGAUGACCUGGACAUGGAGGGUUAUUGUAUUCAAGAGGGGAUUCUUUACCGUUGCCAUAAGUCAGUGAGACAGUUGAUGGUUCCAAAAGUAGCACGAGAUAUUAUUCUGGCUCUUGGCCACUCUGUUCCCUGGGCUGGCCACCUAGGGAAGCAUAAAACGGCAGAAAGGAUCCAACGUCACUUUCCCUGGCCAGGCCUACGUAAAGAUGUCGCCCAGUUUUGUAGGAGCUGCCCUCAGUGCCAGCAAACGUCUCCGCAACUUCCCAGCAAAGCCCCCCUCCAUCCUCUUCCAGUGAUUGGUACACCCUUUUUACGUCUUGGAAUGGAUGUCAUGGGACCGGUGGAAAGGAGUAAAGCAGGAAAUAGAUUUAUGCUGGUUAUUACUGACUAUGCCACAAGAUACCCUGAAGUAUUCCCCCUGAGGUCUAUUAAAGCGAAGCCUGUUGCUUUCUGCUUAGUGCAGUUUUUCUCUAGAGUAGGGUUCCCUCAGGAGAUACUGACUGACCAGGGCACAAACUUUAUGUCCAAACUGUUGAAGGAUGUAUAUCAGUUGUUGGGAAUCUGGGGGGAGAGGACGACCCCCUACCAUCCUUAAACGGAUGGGUUGACAGAGAGAUUUAACCAAACACUAAAGCAGAUGCUGCGCAAGUUUGUAAACGAGAUGGGCUCCGAUUGGGAUCAGUGGCUUCCUUAUCUCUUGUUUGCAUACAGGGAGGUGCCCCAACCCUCUACGGGGUUUUCACCCUUCGAGCUGCUUUUUGCACACGAGGUCAGAGGUCCUUUCGCUCUCAUCCCAACCACACCCCCCUCACUUCACACCACACUGAGUCACUUCCUCAACCCCUCACUUCACACCACACUGAGACACUCCCUCAACCCCUAUCCUUCUCCAGCACCCAGGUGAGAAGUGAGCUCAGGAAGAUCAAGGCCAGGAAAGCAGCUGGACCAGACGGCAUCAGCUCCAGACUCCUUAAGUCCUGUGCAGGCGAACUGUGUGGAGUUAUGGAGCAUGUCUUCAACCUGAGCCUCAAGCUGAGGGUGGUACCACAGCUCUGGAAGACCUCCUGCGUGGUACCAGUGCCCAAGACACCGCACGCCAAAGACCCCAGCAGCUUCAGACCAGUGGCUCUGACAUCACACCUGAUGAAGACACUGGAGAGACUGGUCCUGGGUCACCUCCGCUCUGCGGUGGGAACCUACCUGGACCCGCUGCAGUUCGCCUACCGACA